UUGUUUUCACAACUAAAUAGCUUUUAGAUCAGCAGUUUUACUUUCUUUCUUGAAAAAAGGUAAAGUUUGUCCAAAAUGGAUCAUAUCAUAUCUGCUGUGCUUUUGACAUGUUUUCUUUUGGAUAGUCCUUGUAACUAAGACAACAUUUCUGCAUUAACAGAUGUCUGGUGCAAAGGUGCUGCUGUACUUGCAGAGCCUGUCACGUAGGAAACCACUGGAGCCUGAAGGCGAGGUGUCCAACUUUUGCCGCUGCCUGACCACUCUUGACCUGGUAGCGCUCGGGGUCGGCAGCACGUUGGGGGCCGGUGUUUAUGUGCUGUCAGGAGAAGUGGCCAGAACUGUGGCUGGUCCAAGUAUUAUUAUCUCUUUUCUGAUAGCUGCUGUGGCCUCCAUCUUUGCAGGACUAUGUUAUGCGGAAUUUGGAGCUCGUGUUCCAAAAACAGGGUCUGCAUAUCUCUACAGCUAUGUGACGGUCGGGGAGAUUUGGGCUUUUAUCACUGGCUGGAACUUGAUGCUGUCUUAUAUAAUCGGGACAUCAAGUGUAGCCAGAGCAUGGAGUGGGACAUUUGAUGACCUCAUUGGGGGUUUAAUUUCUAUUUCUUUGGAAAAACAAGCUGCAAUGGAUUUACCUGGUUUAGCCCCUUACCCAGACUUCUUUGCAGCUGGGCUUAUCAUGCUCUUGGCAGGAAUUCUUUCCUUUGGUGUUAAGGAGUCGGCCACUGUGAAUAAGGCUUUUACAGCUGUUAACAUACUGGUGUUGCUGUUUGUUAUCCUCUCUGGCUUCUUAAAAGGGGACGUCAACAACUGGUACAUUGGCAAAGACACUCUUUUGAAAUCAUAUGAAAAUGACACAAGCCUGAAUGAAACCAGCAGAAUUGGCAGAGGGGGAUUUUUUCCUUUUGGCUUUGAAGGAACGUUAGAAGGAGCAGCAACUUGCUUUUAUGCAUUUGUGGGUUUUGACUGUAUUGCUACUACAGGGGAGGAAGUUCAGAACCCUCAGAAGUCAAUUCCACUUGGUAUAGUGGCAUCCCUUCUCAUCUGCUUCCUGGCUUAUUUUGGUGUGUCUGCUGCUUUGACUCUCAUGAUGCCCUACUGUUUACUCAGCCUUCACAGCCCACUGCCUGUGGCAUUCUCAUACGUUGGCUGGGGCCCAGCAAAGUAUGCAGUGGCUGUUGGAUCCCUUUGUGCUCUGUCGACAAGUUUGCUGGGAUCAAUGUUCCCGAUGCCUCGUGUCCUCUUUGCCAUGGCUAGGGACGGGCUGCUCUUCAAACCUCUCAGUAAAAUGAGUAACAGACAAAGUCCUGUAAUAGCUACACUGGCUUCAGGAAUUGUUGCAGCUUUUAUGGCAUUGCUCUUUGACCUGAAGGCACUAGUUGAUAUGAUGUCGAUUGGAACGCUUUUUGCCUACACACUUGUUGCUGUUUGCAUACUCAUAUUAAGGUACCAAGUUGACCUCAAUGAACAUUCAAUCACAGGCAAACCAGAGCCUUUCACAAUAAGUGGUGUGUUAAGUCCUCCAUCUCAAGCAACAUUCCGGACAUCAAAAAAUGUGUCUCUUUUAACUCUUUUUACUAUUUUUUUAGCUGUCAUCUUAAGCCUUUUCCUUCUGGAGGCUGCCACCGCCCUGCACACCCAUCAGGUGUGGAGUUUGCUUUGUGUCAUUGUGCUUGUGCUUAUGCUGGUUCUCACAGUUCUAAUUAUCUGGAGACAGCCACAGAAUACAUCGAAAGCUGCCUUUAUGGUUCCUUUAGUGCCCCUGCUUCCGAGUCUUAGCACUUUUAUUAAUGUAUACCUCAUGGUUCAGCUUGGAUCAGACACCUGGAUUCGCUAUUCAGUGUGGAUGGCUGUAGGCUUAAUCAUCUACUUCUGUUACGGAGUUCAGCACAGUGUCCAAAAACAAAGGCUCCAGAAUUCACAGAACCAAGUCCAUUUUUAAAGCAUUAAUGCCACGAAAGAAUGAAAUUACUGGACCUGGGAAAGAUUUUUAUUGGUUGACCGUGUGCAUAUCUCACAGUUGUGUUUUGUGUAUUUCUUCCUUUAUUGUAUGUACAAAAAACUCUUUCUCAAUGCUACUAUGAUUUAUCUUCAUGUCUUUUUUAGGUUGAUGGUGUUUAAGCUGAAUGCUUUUAUGUAAACCACAAGAAUACCAAUGUUCUUUAUAGAUUAUAUGCAGGCUAUGUUUAAAUACAGUAUGUAAUAAUUAUUGUAUUUUUUUAUUCUUCUAAUUAUGCAACAGGGGGUGAAAAAGUUUGUUUUCUUCUUUCAGUUCCCU